AUGCGACAGUGCUACUUAAAGGGCGGUGAAGACCAAUCACAGGGAUGGGAUAGCGAAGUGACCCCACAGGCGGAUGUGGGGCGACAUAUGUCAACCGGAAGCACGGUGACACAAAAUGCAUCCCUGGAUGAUGCACGGGGCACUGUUCGUCUCGAGUCAAACAAUUACCCGACGGACACGGAGCAUGACCAUCUACUUGCAACCGUAUUGGCCCGUCUCGUGCUCGACUCGCACACGGAGCUGGUGUCCGAGGCAUUGGACCUGCUAUUUCGACAUUCCGGUCAGAACGAAGCUUUUCUUAGUGCCACCAAACAAAUACAACUUCUCGUAUCCGACUGUGAUGUCCGUGCCUAUGCCCGACUCGAAACCAAUCUGAACGAAUUAAGACAAUUGAUCGAACAGUCUGAGUUGUGGGUGCGCAGACCGAAUGCGUCAGAAGAUGAAACGGUCAGUUUGCCCCCGUUUUCUCCCUCGAUCUGGGUAGUGGUAAGAAAUCCAAUAAAAUCAACAAUUCUGAUCCCUAAUGCAGGGUUUGGGAAUGAAUUACAAAAUAUAAAAAGAACAUGA